UUCUUGUUUGUUUUUCUAUUCAUCAGAAGCGCACGCACAGCAUAGCGAAAAAUAAAAAGGAAGAUCACCGUCCCGUCUCACAUUGACGAAUCUCGCCAACAUACAUUCGUACACACACCCACUCACAUCCAUCAGCAGCAUAUUCCUUGGCACGGGUUUGAGCGGAUUCGUACUGCAAGCUCGCAGCAACAUACACCAAGCCCCAGAUGUUGAACGGGAGAAUCAACGAAUCUCAGGUGUGAAUGAGUGUGUGAAGCAGUGAAUAAAUACAACGACUGAUCCGCGAGUUUUAUGAUCGGUCAGUACAUCAGCAUCAUCAGCAUCGUCGUUGGCCCGUUUUCGAAAGUUUCAAUCCCACCGCCAGAAGCAACCGGACCGAAUACGGUGGUAGGUGUGCGCGUUGAGCUCGUGUCCGAGCCAAAACCGUCCGAUUUCACCCGGUACCGCGUUCAGAAGUGUAGCAGCGCACCUGCAGCGGCGUACAACUGCAACAGCACCGAAUAAGUGCAACGUGUCGUGCGUGUGCCACACACAAGCGCGAUCGUGUGUGCCGUGUUGGAACACUGCAACGCUCGGCGAUAGAAUCAGCGAAAACAUCAUUUGCACACGGCGGCGACGGUGAACUUUGCGACUUGGACAACGCAAGCUCGUUUUAUCGGACCAAACUUAUCAGUGCCGCUAUAUCGCGACUGUGUAAACUAGCAGAACACGCUUACACCGAUACGGGAAUCACCUACGGUGUCCGAUCCCGGAGCGCGGCAACGAGAUUAACGCGCGGUUAGGGGCGUACGGAGGCGAACGUCGUGUCCCUAUCCCAGCUGCCCCGAACGACGGCGGUACGCAUCGACAUUGGUCACACAUGUGUGCGACGGUGCGCCGCGGUGGCAAGCAUUAAGACCGACUCACGGUGUAAAAAUUACGAUCAGUAAGUGAUUCGAGGCCAGCGCGAGCAGUCAGUCACUGGGGUACCCGUACGUGCGAACCGAAACCUUUAAAACGGGGUGGUAGAAUAUUCAGUCACCCUAAGCAGACGUGAGUGGAGUGAAGUGAAUCUACCCGUGCGUGUAUCGGGCCAAAUGAGUUUAGUGUGCUUGUCACGGUGAAUCAGCCACUUGCCUCGAUUGCGUGAAGUGUGGCGUGAACAUUUGAGUCGGAAGGCGAACGAACGAACGAGGAAAUGAUAGCGGGCUAGCUGAUCAUCACCACGGCAACCAACAAAACGUUUGCACCUCGCAACAAAAACAACAGCUGUAGGAAAAAAAACACACACUCAGACCCGUUUAUACAUCGCGUAUGAACUGUGAAAGAUUAAUCGUUUCCGUGAAAUAGUUAGGUCAAGGAAUUGCUUACAAACCGUACAACAACACAGUUGAACGAGUUCCACAGGUUUGCGAGCAACAUUUGGCGUACUGGAGUCACUCGAACCUGGAAUGAAAAAGUGAAAUUGCACCAGUGCUGUUGGUGCAUGCCCAGUGCGCGCGUUUGAUAUUGGUAGUGGUGAAAACAAAAGCCCCCGCAUACGCACCUCAAAACAUACACCACACACACUCACAUUCUCGCGGACGGAUAAGUCGCGAUCGUGCUUGUGCGCGGUGGAGUUGUGCAUAGUUUGUGGUAUCGAAAAAGACAAGAGACCAAUAGCAAGUAGCAGAAGAAACGAUCAGCAUCAAAACCUGUCUCGAGUGCCGUGCCGGAAACCUUGGAAUAGAGACGGACACACACACGUAUACCGGAUCGGGUGGUGGAAACAUAAAAGUGUUGUUCAUCUCAUAACAUUUGCUUAGACACUCGUAACUGCGGCCUCAGCAUGUUGAAGAACAAAACUACCGAGGAAAAGGUUGACACACUGCUGUCGAAGAGUCAAAUACCCAUCAUCGAUCUCGCACACUGUGGUACGGAGGAAUGUCCAAUCCGGUCGGUGGUGAAUCGUGUCGGACAUCAGCUGCACAAAGCGCUCAGUGAAAAAGGCAUAGCGUUGCUGGUUAACCAUGGCAUAUCGGAGGAUAAGAUGAAGCAGGUGUACGGUCAUCUGGACGAUUUCUGCAAGCUUUCGGAUCCCACGAAGGAAACAUACCUGCGCAAAGGCGAAACGAACCACGGCUACAUCAAACCGGGACAGGAACGUUUCGAUGGCAAAUCGAAAGAUCUGCGCCACACGUUUAACAUCUGCACACUGAAGCCCGAGGGACCGUUACCGGACGAACCGCUGCCCGGCUUCCGGGAGCAUGUGUCCGAUCUGGCGACGGAUUUCAAGCGCCUGUCGGCACUGCUCCUGCAGGCACUCGCCGUCGGUAUGGAGCUACCGUGCGGGUACUUUCUCGAGAAGCACCGCCACAUACUGGACGGCGAGGGCGAAAAUCAGUCCACAUUCCGGCUGCUCUACUAUCCUCCGCUAAUCGAAGACGAUGGCAAAAAUGAGCUGCUGCGAGGAACGUGCAAGUACAGCCAGCAACGCUGCACAAAGGACGAAAUCGAUCUGUCCCUGCCCGAAGACUACCGUGCCAAAUUACGGGAAGAGCAGGAAGAGCAGGAACAGCAACAGGUAACACGGUGCGGAGCACACUGUGACUACGGCACCUUUACCCUCCUCGCACAAGACUCGGAAGGUGGGCUGGAGGUGAAGCUGCCCGGUACCGAUCGAUGGAAACGUGUCGGCCAUCUGCCCGGUGCCAUCCUCAUCAAUGCCGGUGAGCUACUGUCAACGUGGACGUGGGAGAAGAUCAGCGCCCUGCAGCACCGUGUGAUUAUUCCGCAGGAGGAAACGAUCCGUACCCGGGGCCGUCAUUCGCUGGCAUUUUUCGUCCAUCCUGACAACUGCAUAUCGAUUACACCGAUCGAUCUGCCAACCUCCAGCUCCUCCAAUUCACUCGAUUCAGAUGAGAAAAAGACCAAAGGACGGAAAAAGUCCUUCAAAACGGCCAAGUCAAAAAUCUACAAUGCGUACCAACACGUGCAACGGCGCUUCAAGGAAACGUACGCGUCGUAGCGUAUUAAUCUUAGUAAGGAAGACAGCAAGCGAUUUGCUUAGAUUUGUCGUCUACUUAAUACGGAUCCAUCCCUUCCCCACGCAUACGACGGACAACGAGGGUUCAUCGGUGCUGUAUUUAUGAGACUUAGCCACCAAUUUAUUCCACCCUUUUCUACUUCCAUCCUAAACUGGUGUACGCCGAAUUUUUUUAACGAAAUAAUAUAAAACAAGAUACAAACCUUCAA